GCAUGCGCAAAGCUGCUGUCUUUCAUUUGUUCACUCAUCCACAACCUCAAAGGAAAUACACCUUUUCAGACUUCAGUCUCGUGAAGCAACGUGUUUGUCUUUAGACUAUUUUAUUGUUUUCAGAUGUGUUCUGCUAAAGUGUUUCUUUAGACGUGUUUUAUGACAAUAUGAACUCAGCUAUUGAAUUUACAGCGCAAGUUUUUGGAUGUGUAUGUUUGUUUGCUGCUGAUGUUUACUGUGAUCGCUUCGGAAGGAUUAGUGGACGCGAUCAUCGGUCGAUCUGAUCUAAUCAAAAGUUUACCUUUUUUUUUACCGGAAAAAAACCUGAAUUCUGAAGGGGUUUGAGUUCUGAUCGAGUUGUUCAUGCAUUUAUAAAAGGGAAAGUUGUUGCAGCUGUCUAAAAAAAGAGCGGAACUAGAAAAUCAACCUGAAACCGAAGAACAGUGACAAGACUGUUUCAUUCGAUCGGUGUCCCGUUAUAUUCUGUUCCGGUCUGAAGAGCGCUUCCUCUCGUUAAUGAUGCUUUGACCGGGGUGACUUAAGUAAAUAGGACUAAGUGUUUUUUUUUCCGGUCAUGUGUUCACUAAAAGUUCUCCAGGACUGGUGUCGAGAUGUUUGUGAAGGUUACUCAGAUGUUCUUAUCACAGACAUGCGCUCCUCAUUCACAGAUGGACUGGCUUUCUGUGCGAUCAUCCACAAACACAGACCCGAUCUACUAGAUUUUCACUCACUGUCCAAACAGAAUGUCUAUGAGAACAUACGUCUGGCGUUUGAUGUUGCGGAGCGUGAGCUGGGAAUUCCUGCUCUUUUAGAUCCAAAUGAGCUGGUGUCUGUGGAGGAGCCAGAUCUUCUGUCCAUCAUCACUUACGUCUCUCAGCUCCACUAUGUCUUCAGAGGAAACUCUCGCGUCAGUCAGAAGAUUCCUGUGAACAAUGAAUCCAGCAGCACCAAAACACAAGAACAGAUACACACUCAGUUUUCAUCAGAUGUGGUCAGAUCAUCAGAUAAAAGAGUCUGUAGUGUUUGUCACACUCGUGUUCAUCUCAUUCAGAGGGUUUUGGUGAAGGGACGCCUGUAUCACCGGUCCUGCUUCAGAUGCAUUCGGUGUCGUCGCACUUUGCUGCCAAUCUCUUUCACAGUUGACAGUGAGACUGGUUCACUGCAAUGCAGUUAUCCUUGCAAAACUGCUCCUGAACACGACCAGCCCACAGAUCAACACUCACAGAGCAACACCAGUGAGAUGGACAGAGACAGAAGUGAGACAGACGAAGACAAAAUGAAUGAUGGACGGCUCUCCUCCUCAUCAGAGACUGACAUACAAGAACCUCCCAAAGCUGCUCCCAGAAAGAGGACGGAUCCUCAGGAACCUCCUCAGCCCACCCCCAGAUCACCAGACCAUCACCCUAACAAUGUCUCAGUCUCAUCUCAGAGCGCUGUCCGUAAGGAACAUCCCUGGAUGAAGCUGGUUGAUCAGGGUCCAUGGUAUUGUCUUCCUCCCGCUCCAGCUCCAUCCGUUCAUUCACGCCGCCAGCCUGUGACCUUUAACCCCUUCCUGGAUGAAGAUGAGGAUGACUCCCAGGAUGAAAAGAAAAACCCUUUCAGUUGCGAAACAUCAGUUGCACACAAACCCCAAACCUCAUCUUCAGUUCCCAGCAUGCACCAGACUGCAGCUCAUGUUUAUGGUUUCCCUCGCAUCAAGAGGAAGGUGAUCUCACACACACACGUGUCAGAGAAGCAAGUGUGUGAGGAGCAGAAGAAGCUGGAGGAGCGUCUGCUGGAGCUGGAGAGAAGAGGAGUGCAGCUGGAGAAUGAGAUGAGACGACACACCAAUGAGAAUCUUCUAGUCGACUGGUUCCUUCUGAUUCAUGAAAAGAACAUGUUAGUGCGCAGAGACACAGAGCUGGUGUAUAUGGUGAAGCAGCAGCGUCUGGAGGAUCAACAGGCUGAUGUGGAGUUUGAGAUCAGAAGCCUCUUCAACAAACCAGAGCAGGACUGGAGCUCUGACGACAGGCAUCAGGAACAUCAGCUGAUGUCACGCCUGCUGUCAAUCAUCCAGCAGAGGAAUGACAUCAUCAGCAGCCUGGAUCAGGAUAGGCAGAGGGAGAAGGAGGAGGAUGCAAUGCUGACCGCUGUCAUUCAGAGGAUGGACUUGCUGACACAGACGGAUAAAAGAAUGGACAAACGCAGCAGGUUUAAACACCUUCAGAUGUUCAAGAAAUCUAACCAUAAGACUGAAAACACCAGAAGCAGAAAGAAGAAAAACAGCUGAACAGAAAGAGGCUAUUUAUUAAAUAAUGUACAAUAAUGGCAACUAAAAACACCCAUCAGGACAAACUGAACUAUCAAUAAGUGUGUAGCAUGGCUACAUUUUAUCAGUUUUUAAAAUUUCUAUCUAUCCUUUUCUUCAUUUUUUACAGUUGUUUAUUUGUGCAACAUUUUUUGUUUUGUUUUGUUUUUUUUUUUUUUU